UCUGGCGGCUGUUAUGUCUUUGAUUAGAAGCGUUGCUUUUAAUUUAUGUUACGGUAGAAUCUUGAGCACGUUGCGUGUAUUACAGUAUCGUCAUUGUAAUCCGAUAAAGAAUUUUCGGUCGUUAAGUUUAUUAUUAAAUAAACAAUUCGAGAUGAAAUUUCAAUAUCCUAAAGCAAGAAGGGAAAAUGUUGUCGAUGUUUAUCACGGAGUCGAGGUAACUGAUCCUUAUCGUUGGUUAGAGGAUCCUGAUUCAGAAGAGACAAAAAAUUUUAUUGAAGCUCAAAAUGAAAUUACUGUCCCAUUUCUUGAGUCAUGUAAACAUAGACAAAAAUUGAAAGAAAGACUUACUGAAUUAUGGAACUAUCCAAAAUACAGCUGUCCUUUCAGACGUGGUUCACGAUAUUAUUACUACUUCAAUACAGGUCUCCAAAAUCAAAGUGUAUUAUAUAUAUUGGAUAAAUUAGAUGGUGAACCAAGAAUAUUUUUUGAUCCAAAUGAACUCUCUGAAGAUGGCACAGUAUCUUUAAGUAUUACUUCUUUCUCUGAAGAUGGUGAAUAUUUUGCAUAUGGUCUAAGUAGUAGUGGAUCUGACUGGGUUAAAAUUAAGGUGAAACGUGUUGAAACAGGAGAAGAUUUUCCAGAAGUUUUAGAAAAUAUUAAAUUUUCAGCAAUUGCAUGGACACAUGAUCACAAGGGAUUUUUUUAUUCAAGAUAUCCUUCAAUUAAAGGCAAAAAUGAUGGAAGAGAGACAAUUGAAAAUGAAAAUCAAAAAUUGUAUUAUCAUAGAAUAGGAACAGAUCAGUCAGAAGAUAUUUUGUGUGUUGAACUGCCAGAACAUCCUAAAUGGUUGAUAGGAGCAGUUGUAAGUGAUUGUGGUCGUUAUUUGAUUGUAAUUAUUCGGGAAGGAUGUAAAGAUAAUUUAUUAUAUUUUUGUGAUCUGAAAUCCCUUCCAAAUGGAAUAACAGGUAUUCUACCACUGACUACUAUUGUUGAUCGUUUUGAAGCAGAAUAUGAAUAUGUUACAAAUGAGGGUUCUAUAUGCACUAUUCGUACAAACAAAAAUGCUCCAUGUUUUCGUUUAGUAAAUAUUGAUUUAAAUCAACCAAAUGAGGAAAUGUGGACAGAACUAAUAAAAGAACAUUCCAAGAACGUAUUAGAUUGGGCAGCCUGUGUAAAUAAGGAUAAAUUGGUUAUAUGUUACAUUCAAGAUGUUAAAAAUGUUUUACAUUUACACAGUUUAAAAUCUGGAGAUAAAUUAAUAGAUUUUCCUUUAGAUGUUGGAACAAUUACAGGAUAUUCUGGCAAAAAGAAGGAUAAAGAGAUAUUUUAUCAAUUUACAUCAUUUUUAACUCCUGGAAUUAUUUAUCAUUGUGAUUUAUCAGCUGAAGAACCAGCACCAAAAGUUUUUCGAGAAAUAAAAGUACCAGGAUUUGAUAAUUCAAAUUUUGUUACAAGUCAAAUAUUUUAUAACAGUUUAGAUGGAACUAAAAUUCCAAUGUUUAUUGUUCAUGAUAAGAAUGUAAUCAAAGAUGGUAAUGCUCCUUGUCUUUUAUAUGGUUAUGGUGGUUUUAAUGUGAGUAUUCAACCAUCUUUUAGUCCUUCUCGAAUUCUUUUCAUGCAGCAUUUACAUGGCAUAGUGGCUGUAGCUAACAUCAGGGGAGGAGGAGAAUAUGGUGAAACAUGGCACAAUCAAGGAAGGCUUCUAAAUAAGCAAAAUGUAUUUGAUGACUUUAUUUCUGCUGCUGAAUAUCUCAUCAAAAAUAAAUUUACUUCUAAUAAAAGAUUGAUCAUUAAUGGUGGCUCUAAUGGUGGUUUGCUAGUCGGUGCUUGUGUUAAUCAAAGACCAGAUUUGUUUGGAUGUGCAGUUGCACAAGUAGGGGUUAUGGAUAUGCUACGUUAUCACAAAUUUACUAUUGGUCAUGCAUGGAAAACAGAUUAUGGAACUUCAGAUGAUAAAGAACAUUUCCAUAAUCUAUAUAAAUAUUCUCCACUUCAUAAUAUUAAUAUUCCUGAAAAUGAAUUUGUCCAGUAUCCUUCACUAUUACUCUUAACUGCUGAUCAUGAUGAUCGUGUAGUUCCACUUCAUUCAUUAAAGUUUAUUGCAGAAAUACAACAGAAAAUUGGGAGUAGUGAAAAACAGAAAAAUCCACUAAUGAUUAGAGUAGAUGUUAAAGCUGGACAUGGUAGUGGAAAACCCACAAAGAAAAUUAUUGAAGAAUUAAUUGACAUCUACAGUUUCAUAAUUGCUACUCUAGAUUUGGAUUAUAAAGAUUUACAAUAAUUAAAUUUAUUGUUAAGAAAUUUUUGUUGUAAUUUAAAUGGCAAUAUAAUUUUCUAAUUUUACAUAAAUAUUUUAAUGCUGUCAUUUGCUUACAUGAAAAAUAAAGAGCCAAGAUGGCCAUGUAUUAAAGUUUU